AUGACUACGAAACACCUAGCUGUCGAAAGGAGCGCUAGCAACAAGGCACAGCGUCGGCGAAGACGCAGUAGCAGUAACAGCAUCAGAAGUAGUAGCAAUAACAGCAGCAGCAGUAUCAGCGCCAGUAACAACAGCAGUACCAGUGGUAGUAGCAGCAGUAGCAGCAGCACCAGUAGUAGCAGUAGCAGCAGCGUCAGCGUCAGUCACAACAACAGCAGCAGCAGAAACGGCGGUCUGGAUGUUGACUUAAGUAGUGACCAGCGACAGUUUAUGGGUAUCGGUACCAGCAAACUUACAACAAUAGGUAGCUUUACCACAUCCAUCGAUGUAGACAACAUAAAGUUGGAAGUAAAAUUUCCCGUAGUGAGGGAGCGAGACAUCAAAUAUGCGCUCGUGAUUGGUAACGACGUUCUGAGACAAGUCGAUAUGUUCGUUACGGAAGAUGGCGAGGAGUUGAGGCAGAAGAAGGUGGAGGAAAAGCCACCGAGCAAGGAGGAGGUGAAUACUGGAGCAGUAAGGAAAGAUCGCACUGUUGGGUCAGCGAAGCCUAAGAAGUUUGAUGUGAAAUUAAACGUGGCCAUAAGGGUACAUGAAGAUGACGAGCAGUAUAUGGGAGCCGUUAGGAAGUAUCGCAAGAAAAUCCGUGAUAGAAGGGCAUUGGAAGCAGCAAACAAUGAGAGCGAGGGCGCUGUUGUGGCUAAGGAGCCGAGAGAGUUCAGGAUUUCAGAAGCGAGUUCGAAGUUGGUUCAUGAGACUGCGGAGAUGGGCACUGAUGCUAGGAACAACCCAAUUGAUGAAGGUGAUAACAGGAUUGCUGAACUGAGCGAAGAGUUUGGAACCCUGUGUAUGGUCGCAGGAAUGGCGAAGGUACUUGUGGAUGAAGCCGAUCUUUCACACCUCAACAAAGAGCAGGCAACUGUAGUAAGAAGAAUGGUGGCGAAUUAUAAGCCUACAAGCAAUUCGAAUUCGCCAGUAGAGAUGAAGAUCUUACUUUCAGAUGACACCCCAGUAUAUGAAAAUCCUAGACGGAUGUCAUACACCGAUAGACAGGAAGUGAAUGAACAAGUUAAGGAGUGGUUGAAGGAUGGGAUCAUUAAAUCCAGUAAUUCAAAUUAUGCGUCACCAGUGGUGUUAGUUUCGAAGAAAUAUGGAAAGAAACGGUUGUGUUGCGAUUAUCGGCGAUGA